UAUCAUUAUUUAGUUGUUUAUGUUCUAUCUGGUCUCUUUUUUUCGAAAUCUGUGCGUGAAUGUGUAUGGUGUCUGUGAUGAAAUGUUGUUCUAAGUGACAAACAUAACAAAUUUAUUUAAAUUAAAAACGGAACUGUUUUUUCCAGUCCUUUUUUUUAUUAUUCAUCUUUAGUUUGAAUCGAAAUGGAUUUUCAAUCGAUGAUGGAAACUUUUGCUGAGGCCUGGGUGGCCGCCAACACUCAGACACCAUUAACGGAAGCAGCGGCUGCUGCGGCAGCUGCUGCCGCUGCAAAUGACCAUGCUAAUCUAUUCAUGGGACUUGGCGCUGCAGCUACAAACAGUGGUACUGGUAAUGGAUCGCCACUUAUUCUGGAUACAGAAUCACGUGGAAUUCGUACAACAACCGGAUCAAAUUCGGCAUCGUCAGUCAAUAUUGCUCCACAAUCAUCAUCAUCGACGACAAUUUCAUCAUCGGCAAAUCAAUCAUCACCAGGGUUAAAUUUAUUAUCACAUCAUCUUCAUCAUCCAAUUCAUCAGCAAAAACAUCAUCAACAUGGUACAUCGCCGACAACUACAUCAACGACAAUGACAACCUCGACAACAAACAACCCUGAUACAUCGGCCGUAGCAUGCGAUGAAUCAUUAACGGCUGCAUUUGGACAGGCUGCUGUUGCUGCUGCUGCAUCACAAUUACUCGAUAUAAAGGAUGUAAUUGGCACUUCGAAUGGGGGUAGUUGUGAUCAACAACUAAACGCUCGUAACACUUUGCCCAUUCACUGCAUAAUUGAACGAAUGAAUAGCACAAUAUCGGCCAAUGGGUCAUCGGGUCCUCAACAACAACAACAGCAACAGCAAAUAACCGGAUCUUGCCAUCAGCAAUCAACUUCUUCAUCAUCAUCCACACCUCCACCAUUAAAUGUUAAUAUUUCCAAUCAAUCGAAUACAAACGAUCUCUCACAGAUGACCAAUCAUCCUUCAUCUACAAACACAUCUGGCAUAUCUGUUGCUGCAUCUAAUUCUCCUACAACGGCAGGAAUCAUAUCGAAUUCACCUCCAUCAUCAUCAACAACACUUGCAUUCGGAAAUCUAAUAGAACAAGAUACCUAUGCUAUUCUACCAUCGACCAUUCCAUAUGCAGACAUUAUUAGAGCCGUACUUACCAAGCUGGGAUAUGCAUCACAAGAAAUGGUUGGCGCCAAAGCCUUCAUACAAAUUCGUAAUUGGAAACCAUUAACAUUGGAUCAAAUUAGCGAUUUGACCAACAGCGAAAUCACUAUUGGCGAUCUAUUCGGUGAUAUCUGUUCAUUCAUCACAUUACGAAUUCGUCUAUGCAGGCCACGAAUGAGUGCUGCACACGAGCUUAAGGAUAAACUUCUUCAAGUGCUACUAGCACAUUCAUACAAUUUGCUGACCACCAAUAAUUCCGGAUCUUCCAUCGAUCAGCAAAUACUUUCUUCUUUGAUAAGAGGUCGUGAUCAGCAACAACAACAACAGCUAGAAUUAAAUGAAGAUGCUCGUCGCCGAUUUGAUCAAUGGUACCUACAACAAGUAUUCAACCAGUAUCGGCAAUUCGCAUUGGCAGCUCAACAGCAUUCUGUCUCAGUAUCUGGAUUACGGUCUGGAAAUCCAUCACCAGGAGCAGCAUCAACAGCUGCUGCUGCUGCCAAUCAUCCAUUAUUUAUGGACAUAAAUAAUCUAACCAAUGGCACUGAUUCAACAUUAGCGGCAGCAGCUGCUGGACUACAUCCAUCGCUUGCUGCGGCAGCAGCUGCUGCUGCGGUUCGUCCUUCGCCCGUAAACGGAAAUAUCGUUGGUCCUAGUAGCAAUAGUUGUUCAAGCCAGGAAAAACCUUUUGGACAUAGCAAAAAUAGUAGUGGAAAUCACAAUUCCCAUUCGAGCCAUCAUCAUUCAUCGGGUACCAGCUCUCGAACACGAAUCCGUACUUCAUUUGAUCCCGAAUUGGAACUUCCAAAAUUGCAUAAAUGGUUUGCAGAGAAUCGUCAUCCGUCUCGUAGUCAAGUACAAGAAUAUGUAAAAGAGCUUAAUUCGUUAGAAUCUCGAAAAGGUCGUAAACCAUUGGAUGUGAACAAUGUGGUAUAUUGGUUCAAAAAUGCUCGUGCGGCCCAUAAAAGAGCCGAAUUGAAAUUCGUAUCAAAUGAUUCGAAUUUAAGUAAUCAUUCGUUCGCAAAUGCUUUGGCUACAGAAUUUUUUCUUAACGGUGGCGGUAAUCACAGCCCGGGUAAAGCCAGUUCGGAUGCAAGCGCAAGUGGUAAAUGUAAUGACGAUCCUAUGUCUAAUGCAUCUCGAAAUGGAUCCAAUCUCGAUGAUUAUUAUAGCUUUGAUGAAGACAAUGAUUCGCAUGAAGAAACACAGACACUUGAUUUGUCUGUUCGUAAUCCAUUAUGUAUGUCAACAAAAUUGUCCGAUAGUCCCCAUCAACCGAUCGAAGAUAAAAUGCUUGAUGAUGGCGAUGAUUGUGAUGACUUUAAAUUUGUAGACGAUUUGAAACGGCAUGAUUUGAGCGAUGUUAGUGAUUUACGACUAGAACCGGACGUACAACUUAAGAUUGAAUCACGUGACUAUGGUGGCAGUGCUGUAAGCGGAAAUGGUAGUGAUUGCAAUUCAAUUGAAGAUGAAAGUGAUGAUGAUACUGAAACGACACACAAUAAUAAUAAUAAUUGUAGUCAUAAUAAUUCAUUGACAUCGCAUAGUCUAACCAGUUCAUUAUCGGCUCUCAAUCACAAUAGUGGUCAUUCAUCGCAUAAUCCUGAAAGUCCUGAAGGGCGGAGGACUCGAAGAAGUCGUACUUUUAUCGAUCCAAUGUCUGAGGUCCCCAGAUUGGAAAGCUGGUUCAUGAGCAAUACACAUCCAGCUCAUAGUCAAAUCGUUCGCUACACAGACGAAUUAAAUAAAAUGCCUUAUAGACAAAAAUUUCCUAAGCUUGAGCCGAAAAACAUUCAAUUCUGGUUCAAAAAUCGACGCGCUAAAUUCAAGCGAACAUCUGGUAUGAAUACGGUAACCAUGAAUCUAUCAUCGAAUUCGGCAGUCGUAACAUCAGCGUCUGCUUCUAACGCAUCUGGUACAAGUCCAUCACUAUCUAAUGCAUCGAUUCAUAAUUCAUCUGCAUUAAAUAUCGAACGUUUAAUUAACGCGCAUUGAUUUUAGUGGUAAAUAUAUGAUAAUGCUGCCGUCAUAUUGGCUUUUCUCGUUCAUCCAUUGAAACUCAAUAUUGAAACCAUCGCUUUCUUCAGAUUUGGAUCUGGUAUUUGCCGAUAUUCAUUCCAGAAUCUUUUUCUUCACAAAACAGGGUUUUGCACUAAUCAUAAUCAACUACCAAAUUUAUUAUAUCUUACAAUGUUGUCCACAUACAAUUUUUU